CGCCCCGCAGGCGGGCGGUGGUGGAUGCGCGGGCGGAAGCCCACAGUAUGGAUUCAGAUUCUGGAGAGCAGAGCGAGGGCGAGCCUGUGACUGCUGCAGGUCCUCAUGUGUUCAGCUCAAAAAGUCUUGCCCUUCAAGCCCAGAAGAAGAUCCUGAGCAAAAUAGCCAGCAAAACUGUAGCCAACAUGCUGAUUGACGAUACCAGCAGCGAGAUCUUUGACGAGCUGUACAAAGUCACUGAGGAGCACACCCAUAGCAAGAAGGAAGCCCACAAGAUCAUGAAAGACUCAAUCAAGGUGGCCAUCAAAAUCGGUAUCCUCUACCGGAACAAACAGUUCAGUCAGGAGGAAGUUGUAAUUGUGGAGAAACUCCGGAAGAAGCUGAACCAGACUGCCAUGACCAUGGUCAGUUUCUAUGAAGUAGAAUACACCCUUGAUACAAACGUGCUCUCUAAGCUGCUGCAUGAAUGCAAGGACCUGGUCCAUGAACUGGUGCAGCGACAUUUGACACCCAGAACCCAUGGACGCAUAAACCAUGUCUUCAACCACUUUGCUGACGUGGAGUUCCUUUCCACCCUCUAUGGUCCACGUGGAAACUGCAGGCCCAAUCUCAAGAGGAUUUGUGAAGGAAUCAAUAAAUUGUUAGAUGAGAAGAUCCUCUGA